AUGGCGACGGCGUCGGUGCACCUCGGACGCUACGUCCUCCUCGCCGGCGUCGGUGCGUACCCUUCUGUCUUGUCUUAUUUUCAUCUCGAUCGCGAGCUCAGCUUCCCGUGCUUGUUUUUGCUGACGGAUCUGUCGAUCGCGCGCGCAGGUUUCGCCGCCCCCAUCGUCCUCGGCAACGGCCGCGCCGCCCGCUUCUCCGACAUCCUCAAGGACUUCCAGGAGUUUCUGCGCGAGAAAGGAGUAGACGGCAGCGCCGCCGAAGAAAAUGCCGCGCUCAGCCUUCAGCUGCAAAUGCUUGCUAGGGAGGUCCGAUAUUUGUCAAUGGCUCAGACUAUUGUUCAUAUCGACCCUGGCAACAAAGUUCUAUCAGCUUUCAUAGCACCUGCUGCAGCUGCUGGGGCGGCAGGCUAUGCCUAUAUGUGGUGGAAAGGCAUCUCAUUUUCUAGCAUAAUGUACGUCACGAAGCAAAAUAUGGCUAAUGCAGUUUCAAGCAUGACAAAGCAUUUGGAACAAGUGCAGAACUCUCUUGCGGCUGCUAAAAGGCACUUGACACAGCGUAUACAAAGGUUGGAUGAUAAAUUGGAUAAGCAAAAGGAGAUGUCUGGACAAAUAAGAGAGGAGGUUGCCGGCGCACGAAUGAAACUCAAGGACAUUGGUGCGGAAAUGGAAAAUCUCAAAAAGUUGGCUUUUAAUAUGGAUGGAAAGUUAGAUUCAAUUCAAGACAAGCAGGAUUGCCAAUUGGCUGGCGUGUCGUAUCUCCUCCAAUUCAUAGAACCAAAUGUUGCGAUGCUGCCGAACCGCCUGGAAGGCUUGCAGCGGCCGGUGGUUACGAGAUCCAUGAAGCAAGGAGAGCUCCCGGGGCUGGAGUUCGGGCUGCGGCUGCUGGCGCUGGAACAAUCUGCGAAAGGACCAGGGCUGGCCCUGCCGCCCGUCAAAUCUGCGUGCUGA